CGCUGUCUAAUCGUUGUCGUCAAUAAUCAACCUUAAGUUUGCCAUAAAAAAUGAACGUUAAUUUAUAGAAGUAGAUUGUGGUAGAUGACUGUGGCAACGUUCUCCACAAGGAAUAACGCGCAUAAUAUAAAUCAUUCAUACAGUUUAUGUUGUGGAAGAGCGGCUCAACCGCCGACAUUCGGUCAUCGCAAUUAUUUCUACCACAGUGCUGUAUUGAUUCAUAAAUGCAAAAUGUUUCUAUAACACAAGGGGUAUUAUGAGCUCUUCGAACCUCGAGGAGCUUAGAGAGGCUCCACGAGCAGAUAUUGAAUGUACUGCAUUGACUGGGAUGAAAAAGGCAAUUAACGAUUCCCUUGACUCUCCGGUAUCCGCUGAGCCAGUAGUCAAUGGUUCUGCAAAUGCAUUAUCCGUUAUUUCAUCACCUGGAACAAGCCGAUAUGGAAGAACCAUUAAAUCCAAACUUCGUAGUAGUAUGCCAUUGACUUUUACCACACUGCCUUAUAAGUCAGAAAUAUUUACUCCAGAUAAUAGUGAAAAUGGAGGCAAUAUUACCAAGACUAAUGUCGGAGUUACAGAUUCUGUUGAUCAAAAUGUUGCUGUAGAAAAUGAUUCUGAUAGUAUUCAUGUUUCAAAAGAAUCAGACAGUCUGCACAACAUUGUAGAAUGCAGUUGGUCACUAGGACAAUUAGCCUGGGCUCGGAUAGGCACAUUUCCAUUUUGGCCAUGUGUCAUCAAUUCAGAACCUAUCACUAUGAUAUACCAUAAAUUAAUCAAUAAAGGAAGAGCACAAUACUUGAGUAUACACGUUCGUUAUUUCGGCGACAAAGGACGGCAUAAUUGGGUUGCCGCUAAUAAUUUGAUGCCUUUCACUGGCAUUGAAAAUUUUCGUAGUCUAGCAGAGUCUUUGUCUAAUGAACCGAAGAAAAAAGACCCUAGAUAUGCUGCUGCAUUUAUCAUUAAACCUAGUGCAAAAGCAAAGUGGGAUGAAGCGGUCAUGGAAGCUACGGAAGUGAUGUCAAUGUCUGACGAGGAAAGAGCUCAACUAUUUAUGCCGAAAAUUAAAGAACCCAAGUCUGUAACACCAAAAGUACCUCAAAGCGAUUCUAACGAAAAAUCUCGCAAAAGGAAACUAUCUUUGGAUCAUAAAAAAUCUUUGUCUAAAAAAAUUAAACAAGAAAAUGCUGAUUCCGAAGGUGAUACUGGGGAGAGGCUAGAAAAACCAAAAUCACGUAAACAGAAGCGUGAAAAUAAUGACAAUAAUGCAGAAGUGAGUUUGAAUGCCAAUACACCGCCAACACCACCCUCUAGUCAUAAAGAUUCAAGCGAUGAAGCCCCGUUGCCCAGAAAACCUAAAGCUAUAAAAAUAAAAGAUGGUGUAAAAAAAGGGUUUGAAAUUUAUUAUGAACGAAAUAGAGCUAGUAUAGAACACGAGCAACCAGAGGCAUCAGAGGAGGAAAUCAGAAAAUAUUUAAUUAAAAAUUGGGCUAACAUGAAUCAUGCUUCAAAAAGUACAUACUCUGUCCGAUUAAAGCAGAACAGUUCCCAGGCAGUCGAUAGUUCUUCAGAAGAUGAAGAAAACACGUCUUUAGAAGAAGAAAAAGUAUUUACUGUGAGUAAAAAGCUUAAGUCUAAUACCGACAAAAUUGACACAAGUGCAGCUGAAAAUCUUAAUGGAAAGAAGAAGAGGCCCUACAAUUUAUUCAAAGGUAUGAAACAAGAAAGAGUAUGUCAAAUCUGUGAAAAGACUGGUAAACUAACAAGAUGCCGAGGACCCUGUUAUUCAUACUUCCAUUUGCCGUGUGUAAAACCUGGGGAAUCAAGUCCAGAGCAUAGUAUGGAUGGAAACACAACAGAAGAUGAAUUUGUUGAUCAGUUUAAAGAGAUUAAUGCAACUUUGCCAGAAGAAGACGACAAUAAUCAAGAAGAGGAUGACAGUGACGAUAAGAUUGAAGGAGGCAAACUCGUUGUUGACGUUCUAGACAAAAAUGAUGAACCAGUGGAGCAAUCGGAGGAAGAAGCCUUCAAGUGUAUAGAUUGCCUAUCCGGAGUCGCACCAGCAUGUUUUAUAUGCAACGAAAGAGAGGGUGAUAGAAUCAGGUGCACAGUCCUUGCAUGUGGGAAACAUUAUCAUUCAGCAUGCCUGAAACCAUGGCCGCAGUCGCAUUGGCAGGGUGGACGAUUGUCUUGUCCGUAUCACGUGUGCCACACUUGUAGCUCAGAUAAUCCACGAGAUAGUCAUCGCUCAAGGGCCGCAAAUGAGAAACUGGUGAGAUGUGUACGAUGUCCGUCUUCAUACCAUCCCUCGAUUUCCUGCCUACCAGCUGGCUCUAGUAUUUUGACAGGCAGUCAAAUCGUUUGUCCAAAGCACCAUAAGACUCCUCAUCCCCCGCUAAAUGCUGCCUGGUGUUUUCUCUGUACCCGUGGUGGUAGUCUCAUCUGUUGCGACACAUGCCCAACUUCUUUCCAUCCAGAAUGCUUAGGAAUAGAUGCACCGGAUGGUGCCUUUAUUUGUGAAGACUGUGAAACAGGUCGUUUACCACUUUAUGGCGAGGUGACGUGGGUGAAAUUGGGGACUUAUAGAUGGUGGCCCUCAAUUAUAUGUUAUCCUCAUGAAAUUCCCCAUAAUGUAUUGAGCAUCCCUCACAAUCCAGGUGAAUUCUGUGUUAUGUUUCUUGGGACUAAGGAUUACUACUGGGUCCAUCGGGGACGAGCUUUUCUUUAUCAAGAUGGUGAUGCAAAUGCAAAAACUUCAACGGGUAAACGAAAUGUUGACGAAGCAUAUAGAAAAGCAUUGUCAGAAGCUCAAGAAAUGCAUCGACGGUUGAAAGCCGAAAGAGCUGCUGCUAAAGAUAAUGGUACUCAAAACCUCAAGCCUCCUCUAUACGUUAAACUAAAGGUAAAUAAACCUGUAGGAAACGUUAAACCUCUCGAAGUAGAGAGUAUAACUGCCUGUGACUGUGAUCCAGAUUGGGAUAAUCCUUGUGCCCCAGAGACAGAUUGCCUAAAUCGCAUUCUCUCUAUAGAAUGUAGUCCAGGAAUAUGCCCAGCAGGAGUAAAAUGUGGAAAUCAGGCAUUUGUGAGGCGCCAGUAUCCUGCUAUGGAACCUUUUCAUACUGCUGGAAGAGGGUGGGGGCUUAGAGCCCUAGAAAGUAUAAAGGCAGGCCGAUUCGUCGUAGAAUAUGUAGGAGAAGUUAUCGACGAGGCCGAGUACAAACGUAGGUUACAGCGCAAGAAAGAAUCAAAAGACGAAAAUUUUUACUUUCUCACGAUCGAUAAUUUCCGAAUGAUUGAUGCUGAGCCUAAGGGAAACCUCAGCCGGUUCAUGAAUCAUUCUUGUCAACCUAAUUGUGAGACUCAAAAAUGGACGGUGAAUGGUGAUACCAGAAUAGGUCUGUUUGCAUUACGCGACAUAGAUCCUAGUGAAGAACUAACUUUUAAUUAUAAUUUGGCUUGCGACGGAGAAACUAGAAAACCGUGCCUUUGCGGAGCACCUAAUUGUAGCGGAUUCAUUGGACUUAAGGUGCAAAAAUUAAUGCAACAGCUAAACAAUAUGCCUGCCAAGAAGACGGAAAAAAUCAAGAAGCAAAGACGAUCUGGUAAAGUACUUUCAUGCUGGAGAUGUGGACACGUGAUAACUGAUCUGAAUGAUUUACUCAAGUGUGAAAUGAAGGGUUGUUCCAAAGCAUAUCAUAAGUUUUGUGUAACAGUUAAAGAUAAUGUUCCAAGAUUCAAUUGCCCUUGGCAUUACUGCGGUAUUUGCGGUCGUUGGACCAAAUCACAUUGUUCAAUUUGCAGUAUAGCUUACUGUCGAGCACACGUUGAAGACAAAUUAACGGAAUAUGGCAAAAGAGGAGGUUUAAUUUGCCAAUCACAUAGUACAAUAGAUUUCGACAAUGAUUCUGAUAAUGACACUGAAACUGAAAAAGAAGAAUCUUCAAUUGGAUUCAGUAGCCCAAUUUUACCCGAAAAAGCGACACCUAGAGAAUCAUCUAGAGUUACUAUUAUCGAGGUACACGUCAGUAGCGAAGAGGGGGAAGAAUCGCAGAAAGAGGAUGAAGAUGAACAAAUUGAAAAUACAAAUCAGACGAUAGAUGGGGGAGACGAAAAGAAAAUAUCGAUAAAAAAUACCCAUGUGUCCAGACGAUUUUCACUUAGAAAACAACAACAGGAAGAAGCUGCGAGAACUAUCAAUGCACUGACGUCCAGUCAACUAGAAGCAAUAAUUGGAGGAAUUGUGGUAAAAGAUAAAAGUCUGUAGUAAAGUUUGAGUAAUUAUAUUGUAAAUUAAAACGUGGAGCGUUCACCUACUAGGAAUAUUCACAAUUAGUAAGGGAAGAUGCAUUUUAGUUUAAAUAUUGAAUCAAUAGUAAAAAUCAAAAAAUAAUGAAUACAAAGAAAGAAACAAACAAUGGAUAUACUUUUGAUGUUAGUCACCUAACUAUAUCAUAAGGUUAUAUUUACACCAGAUGUCGAUCUAGCAAUUAUUCGACACAUCUGUAAUUCAAAAAAAAUAUACAUACCUUUACGGAAAAGAAAAGCAGUAUGUAAUAAACUGAAUGGCCAUUGGUUGAAUUCGAGGUUGAAAUAGCUUUCAAAAAGCCAACAUAAUUUUAUUUCAUAGAAUAAGUAUUGGUGUAUCGAUAGGUCUUCUUAAUUACUCUACUUGAAUAACAGUGGGAUAUACCUAGUAUUCAAGGAAUCAAGGCAAGAAUAUUCAAUAAUCGUUUGGUGUGAAUAAAACUUAUAUCCAAAAUAGAUCUAUAAAUAAUACAGCUGGAUUAUCGCAUAGAUGAAAUCUGGCUUCUUCGAAAUUUGUUAUGUUUUCAAAGCUCUAGUAUAAUUGAUUAAAUAAAUUAAUAUUCCGAACGGAAUAUCACGUGGAGCAAUUGGAGGAAAAAGUAAUAGAAGAAAGUAUUUUAUAAGUUGUACAUAAACAGUACAGCCGAAACCUCUAGGAGAAAUUAUAGUAAAUAUUAGAUGAAACAGUUUAUUUCAAUAAUGAUAUUAUACGAUAAUUCAUCGAAAUAAAGUUAAAUCCAUAAAUAUCGUUCCAAGAUGUUGAUACGUGUAGAAACUUAUCCGUAAUCAUAAAUAGUCGUUGUAAUUUUUGAGGUAUUGCACAUUAAAAUUAUGAAAGCAUAUUUAUUUUCAUCCCAUAUCGAUUAAUCAUUUUUGCAAGUAACACAGAUCCUGAUAACAUCUUGCGUAUAAUACGGUACAAAUUUAACGUAAAUAAUCGGAAAUCCUAUUCUUCUUCAUGGAAAAUAUGACUUUUAAUUAACUAGGUAAAGUAUAAAAACCCUAACGGUAUUUAUGUGCCUUUUUUUUCUUAACCAUCAAUCUAUUAAAAACACUUAUUGCAAGAAUUUUGUACACUUUUAAUACGUAUCAAAUAUAAUAGGAAGAUUAUUUAGAUUUUAUACGAUUUUGAUUAUUAUUCGUGCGAAAGUAUCAUCUUUUUUUCACUGGUAGCCAAAAUGCCCUUUACAUCCUAAAUGACAAGCUAUGGGAAAAUACUCGAUAAUAGCUAUAUAAUUUACAAUACUUUAUGAUAUACAUCAAAUUAUUCAUAAAUACAAUAGGGUGGGAGAGGGAAGAAGCUGAGUUUACUUUUGUAUAGUAACAAUUUGCUUCCACAAUGUUCUCAAUUAUAUGUCAGCUCAGUUCAAUUAUUCUUUGGGCAGCAUUAGAUUAAUCCUGACAGUAUUAGGAAUAUAAAAUAUUAUUGCAAAAACAAAAAAUAAAACAAAACAAAACAAAACCUCUAGCUCGCAAAGUUUUAUAUUAUAAUUUAUACCUGGUAUAUACAAAUGAUAAGUCGUAUAAAUUUAUAACCAACUUGACAAUUUGCUUAUGAUGUUUAUAUGUCAUAAACAUAUAAUUAUUGUAUGGAAUUUCGAUACGCUAUUGCAACACUUUGCGGUAAUAGGUAGAGAAUUCAAAAUCUAUGAUACAAUUAAUAUUAAUAAUUCUUGGUAGUCGUUAUUAACACCACGAAGUAGAUAUAAAAUAAUACUAAUAUUAAUAAUAAUGAUGAUAUCACCUAUUUACAAUUGAUUCAGAUCGACCAAAUACGAUAUACAACAAAACAAUGUUGUAGAUAGACUUGAGGUAUACUUUGCGGUAAGAAAAAACUGUUUUUAAUAUAUUGGUAAAAACUAUUCAUAAAACAUUUGUUUUAAUAUUUAAUAACCUGCAACGGUGCUGAGAAGCGACGAAUAUCAUAGAUCUAAUUUUUGCCGCCAGCUAAGGCAUUAUGUUAUACUUUGACUUUCCUUCAAUUCAGACCCCCUUUUAGUGAUACGAGCCUAAUUAAAACUGUCCUUGAUCAUCUAUCUGCAACAAAAUAUUCUUAUUCGAUAUUGUGUGAUGAAUGAACUUUAACGUAGCCCAAAAAUUAAAUGUAAAGCUACCGCAUAUUAUUUGAGUAAAACCGGUUUCAUUCGAUCAUCAA